CCAGGCUUGAAUUCACUGCCCUCCCUUCUUAGCCUUUCCUUUGUUUCCUCCCCGCUGUCAAACUACGACAUAUCGACGAUAGAAGUCGCAUCUUAUUCCAUCGUUUUUUACUUUGUGAAAUUCAUCGGUAACAGCACCCGAGAUUCACAUUCCAUCGCCAUGCUUUUGAAGCCGCUCGUCUUCGCGGCUGCGGCUGCUGCUUUCGUCAUCGUCCCCGAGUUAUCCGAAAAGGACGAGAACAUCUUCAAGGCUCUCCCCGUCGAGCCAGAGACCUUUCAGCUUCCCGCCGAGGCCCUGGGCCAGAGCCUCGAGGUUCCCUGCAGACAGUGCCGAGGCCGAGACACGCACCUCAAGUUGGAUUUUGCCGUGGAAGAUGGAUCGAGACUGAUGGUCAACGGCUUCGAGCUGUAUCCCCAUGCCGACCCAUGGCGUGAUGAUUUGGUCGCCGAGGUGGUGCGAGCCAGCGGCGCUGCCAACGAGCGCACUCUAGGCUACAGCCUCGCCGUCGUGCCCAGGGCCAAGGACGAGGAGCAGAAGCUUGAGCUGGUGGACAUUAAGUUGAGGGUCAUCGAGGUCGGCCACCGAUUUGUCGACGAUAUCCCCACGGUCAAGAUUGGCUUGAUCAAGGCCACGACGGGCGAGAUUGUCAUCUCCGACAUGCAGCUCAUGGCUGUUCCCGAGAUGCCCUGCCACUCCAUGUGGUGCCGCGCCAAGGCUGCGCUCAAGGGCUUCGGUGGCUGCCACAGGAAGAUGAACAAGGGCCCUCACCACGAGUCCAUGGCCGCCGGUGCCAAGGAGGGCCACGAGGAGGGCCACCGCCCGCAUCACCCUCACCACCACGAGCGACCUCACCACGGCCACGAGGAGGAGUGGAACUCUCAGCGCGACUGGCGCCGCCUUGUCCUUAGCGUCGCCUCGCACAUUGUCCUGCCCGUCUUGAUGGGUAUCACUGCUGGUGUCGGCGUUGCCUUCCUUGCCAUGUUCAUGUGCAGCGUUGUGUACCGUCUGAGCAUGCUUGUCCGUGGUGCUUCUCCCCGUCGUUCAUGGUGCCCUCACCACCGACGCAACGUCACUCGAUUCCUCAAUGCCGAGGAAGAGAAGAGAGGUCUGAUGGAGGCCGAGGAGGCUCAGGACACCACUCCAGCCCCGGCUUCCGAGGAGGAGUCCGUCAGCAAAUAAAGAGAGGAAGAGGACGUUGUUGAUAUCAUUUUUCCAUUGCGUUAUUCUUAUACCUGUGAUGAAGUUGCUGGACGACGAAUACUAGGUAGGUGGUCGUAUGCCGCCAUUAUCACCUUUUGAAGCAAAACGAAACCAAAGAAACCAAGAGAUUGGCAUAUUUUUCCUUGUAUCAUGCCGAAGAGAAGCAGAGAUGCGGAGAGUGAUGGCACGGCCAGAAGGGGGAGAAAUCAAGAUAUAGCCAUACUGUACAACUAUCUGACAAGACAAUAACUCAAGUCGAGGGGGCGUUUACUAGGAAGAGAAUGAGUAGAUGCUUUUGCAUCAUUCUUUCAUUAAUCCAAGACUGCAACUUUUUCCUUUUGCUCACUUCUGCUAGCCUGAAUAAGUUUGACGUCAG